AAAAGAAAAAUCCAUCCCCUCCCAACACACAGCUCCUCUGUCUCUGUAGGAGGGAAGGUCUCGCACUCCCGACACGAGUCAACGACCCCUCUCUCUCAGUCUAGUCAGGCCAGCCCGGCGGCGAUCGCGGAGGGGCGUGACUCCGGCGAUGGUGAGGGGCGGGAGCAUGCGGCGGCCCUCGCUGGCGCUGGCGGCGGUCUCGGAGCCCGCGGCGCCGGAGUUCACCUUGUCGGCGGACGACUACAGGCUCAUGGAGGAGGUGGGCUUCGGCGCCAACGCCGUCGUCUACCGCGCCAUCUUCCUCCCCGCCAACCGCACCAUCGCCGUCAAGUGCCUCGAUCUCGACCGCAUCAACAGUAACCUCGAUGAUGUUCGCAAGGAGGCUCAGAUUAUGAAAUUGAUAGAUCAUCCUAAUGUCAUCAAGGCUUAUUGCUCAUUUGUUGUCGAUCACAACCUUUGGGUCAUAAUGCCCUUCAUGGCCGAGGGUUCAUGUUUACACCUAAUGAAGGUCGCACAUCCUGAUGGCCUGGAGGAGCCUGUUAUCUGCUCUAUUCUUAAAGAAACACUCAAGGCUCUGGCUUACCUCCAUGGCCAAGGACAUAUCCACCGUGAUGUUAAGGCGGGCAAUAUCCUUGUUGAUAGCCCUGGUGUAGUGAAGCUUGGGGACUUUGGUGUAUCUGCUUGCUUGUUUGAUAGAGGCGAUAGGCAAAGAUCCAGGAAUACAUUUGUGGGAACACCGUGCUGGAUGGCUCCAGAAGUUCUCCAGCCUGGAACCGGUUAUAAUUUCAAAGCUGAUAUUUGGUCAUUUGGAAUAACUGCACUGGAGCUUGCACAUGGCCACGCUCCCUUCUCUAAGUACCCUCCCAUGAAGGUUCUUCUCAUGACCCUUCAAAAUGCACCACCAGGUCUUGACUAUGACCGCGAUAGAAAAUUCUCAAAGUCUUUCAAGGAAAUGGUUGCAAUGUGCUUGGUAAAAGAUCAAACUAAGCGGCCAACAGCUGAGAAGUUACUAAAGCAUUCGUUUUUCAAGAACACAAAGGCCCCACAGCUGACAGUUAAGAGCAUCUUAACCGAUUUGCCCCCUCUGUGGGAUCGUGUGAAGGCACUCCAGCAAAAAGAUGCAGCACACCUGGCUUCAUCAGAACAGGAAGCACUUUCCAUGAGUGAGUAUCAACGAGGUGUCAGUGCAUGGCACUUUGAUAUUGAGGAUCUCAAGGCUCAAGCAUUACUGAUUAAUGAUGACGAUCCAACUGAAUUGAAGGAAGAUGAUGACAGUGCCCGAAUAAACGAAGUUGAUAAGGGCACAUCUUUUGAGAGUCAUUUUGGACAAUCAAUGCUUCUGAAUGGAAAUAACCACAGGUUGAAUCAUGAACGAACUUGUACCACUGCAGUAAAUCCAGGUGGAAAUGGCCCUGAAACAAGUGAUGAAUUCGCUUCUGACCUUGGCAAUGCUGAUAGUCCAAGGAUGGUUGAUGGACACAUAAAGCAAGGAACAGAAAAUGAUUCAUUGUCCUCUACAUCGAAGCAAGGUUCUGAGGGUGGAAACCGCAGGAGUGAAGUUAGACAAAGACAAAGGACAUUCUCUGGUCCGGUUAUGUAUUCUGGUACCCGCAGUAGUUCACUCAUUGAAAGAGGUUAUAUUAUUGAUAAGGAUGCAGGAGCUCGAUCACCUAAUAAACAAAAGAGUGACACGGGAAGAAUCGAUGAUCUUAGUGGUCCGCUUUCACUUUCAACUCGUGCUUCUGCAAAUAGUCUGUCUGCCCCUAUUCGGUCUUCUGGAGGAUAUGUGGGCUCCUUGGGAGACAAGCCUAGGGUGGAAAUAAAAGGCCGAUUUUCCGUAACAUCCGAAAAUGUGGAUCUGGCGAAGGUUCAGGAAAUUCCAGUGGUCAAAAUUUCACCUAAACCACAGGAGGUAAGAACUCAGGUCUCUACAAUGAAAAGAUCAGCCAGUGUUGGUGCUUGGCCAGUGAAGGCUAAGUCAAUGUCUAAUAGUCAUCAUCGGAAGGAAUUCCGUGACAGCUCAGUAUCUGCAUCAAUUCUGAUUCCCCAUCUUGAAAACCUUGUACAGCAGACGACAUUUCAGCAAGAUAUCAUCACGAACCUAAUGAGUAACUUGCAACAGAAUGAGAAACCGAAUGGGCCUCAGACUAGAGUUCAGACUAUGGUGGGUGAUACAGGGGUUGAAACGGGCAGUGCUGAGAGAGAACGGAAACUGCUUGCUAAAGUAUUCGAAUUACAGUCAAGGAUGAUUUCUUUGACCGACGAGUUGAUUGCAUCAAAGCUAAAGCAUGUUCAGCUGCAAGAAGAGCUAAAUACACACUACUGCCAAGAAGAAACAGGCGACACAGGAGAGGAUGACAGCGGAGAGGCAUGAGAGGGCAAUGCACCUUUGAGUGGUAUAAGGAGUAUUCUCAAUAAUUAAUAUAAUCUACGUGCCCUGGCUUGUGCAUCGAGGCUUUGAGUUGCCGCCUGCUUCCUGAACAAGGCGUUUUUUUGGUGGAGUGUUGGUGAGAGGAAGCAAUAUAAUGGUCUUGGAAACCCUAGAUGAUUGGGAAGCAGAGUGUGAGAGAGCUCUUGGAGGCAUAGCAGGAGAAUAUAAUCUACAUGCUGGUUGGUUGAUGGUCUAGUUGGAGGGAGUCAGUGAUUUUAUCUUGUUGCUAUCUGUGUGUGUGUCUGUACAUAGUAUCUACUGUCUACCUAUUAAAAUACGUCUAGAUACAUUCAUUUCUGCGACAAGUAAUUCCGAACGGAGGGAGUAGUAGUUAGCAGCAUGUGUAGCUAGCUAGUAUGGGUAUGGUUUGGUUUUGUUGAACUGACUGAACUGGACUUGCGGUAUCCAUUCAUUUUGAUUUGGCCGCGCUGCUUAUCACUGGGACUGGGAUGGGAUGGCCAUUGAUGCAAUGCAGAAAAGUGGUACGAGAAUGAACUGGACUGUAUGUAUUUAUACUACAUAUCAUCAUCAUCCUAUUUAUAUAUCCUAAUAAGGAAGAGAAGGGAUUUGGAAUAAAGGACAAGUUGGUUGAUUUGGUAA